AUGGCCGCCACUCCGCUCGCUGGUUUCCCGUAUUCUGGAAGCUUUUCCAUUCAACUCGCCGGAUCGCUUAAUCCACUCAAACGCUCAAGAGAGGAAGAUGAGCUUGUGUCUCUCCGUUACCCCUUCAAACCCUCGUCAAUCCAGCCCAAGACUCAGGGGAAUUUAGAAUACACACCUCAAGGUCGUCGGGGCGUCUUACGUCCAAGGAAUGCACCUCAGCAGGUGUUCGACGUCAGGGAAGAAGAGAACAAGGCUAGGGAAUGCGUCUUGAUAUAUGACCCAGCUACCAACGGCUUCACCCUACAUGCUCUUCCCACGACUUUGCACAUGACCCUCAAUCGGUCUCCAUCGACCAACUCUCUUCAAUUGGCACUCCCACCCGUUCGUAGACCCUCGGACGCUUCAACCUCCUCUUCAACCUCUGUCCCUCUCGCUCAAGGUUGGCCGGCCAACCGAGGGGAGAGAAACUCCAACUCGUCUCAAGAGAAAUACGAAGUAUCAUCCAUGGUCGGUCCUGACACUCCGGCACUGCCGGCUGCUAAACGUCCUCGGGUAUCGGAACCUGCUCCCACUCCCACUCGACCCAAGACGGGAGGGAAGACCAUCAAACUUGCUCAAUUGUUGGAGCCUCCGAAACCCGAACCAAAGCCCAAGGCUAAAGCUAAACCCAAGGCAGAACCUAAGCCAAGGACCAAGAAACCCUCGGCGGCGGUCCCGAAGAAACCACCCACUCCGAUCAAAGUCAAGUCUGUCGAGGUGAUAGAAGAUUCGGACGAAGAGUUCGAAGAGGUCGGUGCUGACGAUGGGGACGACGAAUUUGCACGACUGGUCGAGCAGAGUCUUGCACAGGGAGCGGACGAGGAAGACGAGGAGGAAGAGAGCUCGGAGGAAGAGGAAGAGGAUGAUGGGUUGGGAGGUGCUAGACUGGUGAUCAGACACGCAGACUACAACCAUGGCAGGUCGGAGUGGAUUUGA